AUGGGUCAGGGGGAGAAGAUUGAGGGCAAGGAAGUUCAACAAACGGGUGAACCCCUUGGCUCCGUGGUUCCAAAUUAUCACACAAACCAGAACCAGCCGCUAUCGACCACUGGACUGUUUGAUUGCUAUGAAAACCAGACAAAUGCUGUUAUGACAGCUUUAUUACUACAGAUUGCAGAAGUACUAGAUGAAGGAGAAAUGGCUUGCCAUUUGGGAAGCUCCACAUACUUAUUGAUGAUGCCUGCCUUGUGUUAAUGGAUAAUGGGAUCAAAAUAUAGAACAAAGCUAAGGACAAAAUAUGGUCUAGUAGAAGCCCCAUAUACAGAUGUUAUCUCUCAUGUCUUUUGCCCCUGCUGUUCCCUUUGCCAGGAAUACAGAGAGCUCAAAAACAGAGGACUUGAUCCUGCUCUUGGGUGGAAUGGAUUCCUUGCUCAACAACAAGGAAAACAUUAUCAGGUUAAAACAGUGGACAUUCCUUCUAGAGCUCAAGCCAUGUCUAAGAGACCAAGAAGUUACUUAAACAACAAGCUUUGA